UGCUCAGUUGUCUCGGUACGCGACGCGGCACACAACGCCUGGAUAUACAUACAUAUUUUGUAUAUAGGUUAACUAUAUAGAUAAAAGCAAGCAUAAAAGUCCUGCAGCUCGAUUGUCCGGCUGAUAUUACGCAUACGCCACAUUGAACAGCAGCAGCAGCCGCAGCUGAGAGGGAACAGUGCUAAGCGAUGAAGGAGACCAAGGUACUGGAGGAUAGCGACGUCUCGAUGCUGUCCGAAUCGCUGCUGAAGAUAGCCAAGCGGGAGCUGCGCGAGGACAAGUGCACGCGGGAGCAGAGUCUGGAGCAGCUGCGCAACUGGGUGCUGAAGAACGAGGAUCUGCAGAAUGUGCGCUGCGAUGAUACGUUCCUGUUGCGUUUUCUGCGCGCCAAAAAGUUUAGCGUGCCGAUGGCUGAGCAGACGCUGCUCAAGUAUCUGAACGUGAGACGCACCUUUCCGCACAUGGCCACCAAGCUGGAUUUUCUGGAGCCGCGACUGAGCGACCUCAUCGAACAGGGCUACAUAUUCGCGGUGCCGAAGCGGGACAAGCACGGCCGGCGGGUGGUGAUCAUCAAUGCCAAAGGUUUGAAUCCAAAGUUUCACACAAGCAGCGACCAGGCGAAGGCUCACUUUCUCACCUACGAGUGCCUGAUGGAGGAUCAGGAGACGCAAAUCACGGGUCUGAGUCAUGUGGGCGACUUUGCGGGCGUCACCACAUCGCAUGUCACCAACUGGAAUCCCACGGAAUUUGCGCGCGUCUUCAAAUGGGGCGAACAAUCGCUGCCCAUGCGUCACAAGGAGAUUCAUCUGAUCAAUGUGCCCUCCACGUUGAAAUGGCUGAUUGACUUUGUGAAGAAUCGCGUCAGCUCCAAGAUGAAAAACCGUCUCAACAUCUACGGCAGCGAGAAGGAGCUGAUGAAGGCCGUCGAUGCCGACUGUCUGCCUCAAGAGAUGGGCGGCAUCAUGCCCAUGCGUGAGAUGAUUGAGCUCUGGAAACAGGAGCUGGCCGGCAAGCGGGAUCUGGUCCUGGCACUGGAUCAGAGCAUGCUGCUCUCAGAUCGGGGCAUACAGCGGCGCAGUAGCUACAAUUCCGAGAAGAACGGCACGGGCACCAAUUUCGUCUCACAGAUCGAGUCCAUCGAGGGCAGUUUUCGGAAACUGGAGUUCGACUAGGAUGCAUUCGAUGCACAGCGUCCAUUGUAGACAUUUAAGCUUUAGCAUUAGGCAUUAUCCUUAAUUUGUAAUGGCACACGCAGCGCUACGCUUUGUUGGCUCAUCUACCCGGCUGGCAGCAACUGUUCCGCUGGGCUGGGAGCGGGCACUCGCUUCGCUUUUCGGUGGCACCCCGCUUUAUUAAUCCUGCGCUUCUUUUGUAAACUAUUUGUUUUGUGGAGUACAAUAAAAAACGAGAGGAACAACUUGGAAGCUU